GUCACUGACAUGUCUGCACUGAGAGGUACAGUAUCACGUACCGCAAACAACACAAUGCCAGCAUAAGUAGUUGGAAUACAGACAAAAUACAAAAAUGGCAGCAUGAGUCGCCUUAAUGUCCCGGUUUUUUAAUCACACACCCACUUACUUGAAUUACACUGUCAUAUUAUGAACCCAAAUGCACAUCUCAAUCGUAAUUUUGAAUUACUCGCUAUUAAGUGUCGUGUGUAUGUACAAUGAGAGCUAUAUUAACCGAAGCCAAAUUCCUUCUUUGUGGAAGCACACUUGGCCAAUAAAGCUGUUUAUGAUUGUUAAAAUUAAGCGUUGAGGUCGACUGAGGUCCAUUAAGAUAUGUCAUAAAACAAUAAAGGCAGUUUAACAACAUUAGAGAGUGCGAUUUGGCGAUUUCCUGUCCGUGUUCCAAUGAGCACCUCUUUCUUGUGACUUUUACACUUUUUGGAGGUCCGGUUAGCAUUCCUCGUUAUUCCUUUGCUAAUUGUUAAUGACCACUGGAAAAUGUGGAUCCCAGGGUGAGACCGGUUGAGAACUCCCGAUAUAGAGGAUCUUUGUCUAGCGUUUUUGGAGUAGGUCCUUCCAUAGAUGGAGCAUCUUUGGCAAGGUUUUCGCAACAUGACUGUUUUUUUAACAUGUUUGAUUGUAGUUGAUAUCACCAGGACGGAGAAUCGAGUGCAAGUAUGAAACGUGUUGGGACUGAUCAUGACAGACGGAAGCACGUAACGCGUUGUUAGCUAGCUAGCGUCUAACGAAGCGAAGUAAGGCGGACCUCAGCCAGCUCAUGACGGGCUUCUGAAGCGGUGUGACACCGCCCCAGCCAGCCGACGUGUUGAUAAAAGGUUCUGAACCUGCAGCUCCCCAUGGCAGCGUAUGAUGAGAACAUCACCAAGAACCCCUUCUACUUGGCGCUGGUGAAGCAGAGGCCAGACCUGUGCGCCCGAGUGGCCGAGCUCCACAGCAUUGUUCUGGUGCCGUGCCGUGUCAGCUUGGGUGCGAGCGCCCUGUCAGACUGUCACUUUGACAGCUACGUACUGCAGCCUGUGGAGGAGCACUACCACACUGCUGAUGGAAAGGAGGUCAGGAUCCAUGACAGGCAGGUCCUGCUGGGAUCCGGCUCGUCCGUCCCUAUCCUGUUUGAGGAGACCUUCUACAACGAGCGGGAGCAGAGCUACAACAUCCUUUGCAUCUCCCGGCCCUUCGAGGCGGCACCGGGCCCGGCUGAAAUUGGCCCUACUGCGCCGUACUACCCGAAGAGCCUGGGGGAGGUCAAGGACUUCCUGGGCCGCUAUAUCAACAAGUUGGACAAGAUGAUCCUAAACUUCCGUCAGGCCUUCAAGGAGCACGAGAAGAAGGGACUGCGACAUCACAUAGACUCGGUCCACGGCCUGUACACUCGAUGUCUUCAGUGUGUGCUGAGAGACUCUGGUCUGAAGGUACUGGCCAAGCAGGAGGUCCAAAUGCGUGUGCUGAAACAAGCAGUGGAGGUCUACCUUCAUCACGGUAUUCACGGCCUCAUCUUCAACUUGGUGGGCACGCUUGAAGCCAGCCAGGAUGCCGCCUUCAACAAGACCACCAGGAGUCUGCAGGACCUCCAGCACAAAGACUUGGGAGUCAGACCCGAGUUCAGCGUCAACUUGCCUCGCGCUAAGCGAGAGCUGGGUCGACUCAACCAGCAGACGUCUCCGCUGUUCAAGCUCCUGUGCUUGCACCGUGUCGCCCUGACUGCCACACACACGCCCACGUCCACGGUCAGCAUAGAAGCUGUGUGUGCAGAUGACCUGCUCACCGUCAUCCUCUACCUGCUGGUCAAGAUGGACAUUCCCAACUGGGUGACCAACCUGAGCUACAUGAAGAACUUCUGCUUCAGUCACUCCAGCAAAGAUGAGCUGAGUUACUGCCUGAGCACCUUUGAGGCUGCAGUGGAGUACAUCAACCUGGGGAAACUGCACCACACGCUAUCUGGUUGUGUUGAGGCUAACAACAAGGUGAAGCUGACACAGAAUGUGAGUCUUCUGGUUCAGAGCACUGCCACACCCAUCAGCUGUCUGUUUGAGCACAUCGCAAAUGGAAGCGAGGCCGAGGUUGAGCGUCUGCUGAGCAAAGGUGAAGCCGCAAGUGAAGAUGAUGGACGCACGUGUCACCCUCUCUGCUCGUGCCAUCUCUGUGACCUCCAGCUCUCCGGGAAGUUGAAUAACCCGUCCAUCAUCACACCAUUCUCCAGGGACGACAGGAGUUAUACACCUCUGCACGUCGCUGCCAUCUGUGGUCAGGCUCGGAUGAUUGACCUGCUGGUGUCCAAAGGAGCACCAGUCAACGCCACAGAUUACCACACACUCACGCCGCUGCACUUGGCGUGUCAAAAGGGAUACCAGGGAGUCACGGUAAGCAUGCACACACACAUCAGCGUGAUCAUGUGCCAGUGCUGUGUUUGUGUUCCACAGCUGCUGCUGUUGCACUAUAAGGCAGAUGCCGACGCUCAGGACAACAACGGCAACACACCGCUGCACCUGGCUUGCAUGUAUGGACACGAGGAUUGCGUGAAGGCUCUGGUCUACUACGACUUCCAAACGUGCAGCCUGGACCUGCACAAUGACAAAGGCGACACACCGCUUCACUUGGCCUCGCGCUGGGGCUACGAGGGCAUCAUCCAGGUUCUGCUGGAGAACAACGCCAGCAUCAAUGUGCUCAAUAAGAACCGAGACACUCCGCUUCAUUGUGCGCUCAACUCCAAGGUCCUCACUUUGUUGAAGUCGACGCAGAGCGGCCAGCUGUGCAGGCGUGGCGGACGUGGAUUGAAUUGUGCACCCGGCGUUUCUCCCACGGCGUCAGACCGCAGCAGCCGGCGCUCGUCCGUGUCCAGCACUUCCUCCGUGAGCUGCGAGCCACAGCCCGAGCGAGUGCUCGUGCGACAUCGCCAGGUGGAGAAGCUGCUUCGAGCAGUCGCAGACGGUGACUUGGAAAUGGUGCGCUACCUGCUGGAGUGGACUGAUGAAGAAGAGAAGGAGGAAGGGGAAGUGCCAUCAGAGGCGCCGCUGUGUCACCCUCUGUGCCAGUGUCUAAUGUGCGCGCCGGCUCAGAAGCUGUCCACAGCGCAGGCGGGCACACUAGGCGUCAACAGCUGUAACGCGGACGGCUUCACGCCGCUCCACGUGGCUGCCAUGCACGGUCAUGUGGAGCUGACCGCGCUGCUCGUCCGCCACGGGGCCAGCGUUAAUGGGCGCACCAACCAGAAGGCCACGCCUCUUCAUCUGGCUAGCCGGAAUAGCCACGUGCAGGUGGUGGUCUUUCUGCUGGAGUGCAACGCCAAGCUUAAUAAGAAGGAUCAGUACGGCAACACAGCCUUGAUACACGCUUGUCUCUGUGGCAACCUGGACACUGCCACAGCCCUCAUACAGGUCUUCCCUGAGGCCUCCUACCAGUCGGACGUGCCCUGAACACCACCCCAGGGAAGUGUCCGGGAGGCAUCCUGACCAGAUGCCCAAGCCACCUCAUCUGGCUCCAGCAGUGCUACUCUCCGGAUGGCAGUACUUGCCACCUUAUCACUAAGGGAGAGCCCAGCCACCGUACCCGCCAUCUUCUCCUUUCAGUAACCUUGGGAAAAAGUAGCACCGUUUCACAGUAUUAGAAUUACAGCUCUAAAAUGUUUACUUUGAAAUGUCUUUGUAGAAAAGAAGAGAAACAAACAGUCAUGUUAAAAGAAUAAAAUAGAACAUGAUGGAAAUGUGACCGCACGGUGGUCUAGUGGUUAGCACGUUGGCCACACAGUCACAGUCUGGAGAUCAGGAAGACCUGGGUUCGAUAUUCUCCCCGUGCGUGCGUGCGUUUUCUCCGGGUGCCCUGGUUUCCUCCCACAUUCCAAAAACAUGCAUGUUAGGUUAAUUGGUGACUCUAAAUUGUCCAUAGGUAUGAAUGUGAGUGUGAAUGGUUGUUUGUCUAUAUGUGCCCUGCGAUUGGCUGGCAACCAGUCCAGAGUGUACCCCGCCUCUCGCCUGAAGUCAACUGAGAUAGGCUCCAGCAUACCCCCGUGACCCUAAUGAGGAGAAGCGGUAUAGAAAAUGGAUGGAUGAUGGAAGUGGAUCAUUCAAAUAAAUAAGAAAAAAUAACAGAAUUCUUUCUAAAUAAGUCAUAAAUAAAAUGCAGUCUACCGUGUCUAAUCCUGCAACUCAAGUUUUUUUUGUCAAAAAACAAAGCCAAAAUGCAAUCACUGCGAACAUAAAUAAUUUAAAAAGACCUCAUCAUGUUGUGUUAUUACAUGACAUUGUGGUGAAUGUGCAAGUCUCACCUCGUCCACAAGAGUGUUGUGGAGUUGUUGGAUUGUUGAGUUGUCAUUCAUUUGCCUGUGUGGCGACCAAUGUUCCCCCGAAUUUGUCAAGUAUCUGAGCAUUCCUUGGACCCCUGUAGGCGCCAUAAGACGUGCACACUAGUAUCACAACUGUCCAAAGUUGUUACCAAAAUUGUUCCCGUCACUCAUGGAGUUGUAUUGCAAAAUGGUACAGAAGGAAGUCUUAUGCGUUUAUAUCAUUUACAGGAUUGUAUUUUGUUCACUACAUACAGGAGAUUUGCUGUGAAGUGAGAACGCUGGAGCUACGUGUGAUCGCACAGGCGUGCCGCUUACAGUAGAGGGAACAUUGCGGGUGACCCACGGUGUACUUAAAACAUUCACUUCCGUUUCCCGGUCAUGUGGUUGUUGCUUGCUGUUCAGUGGCGAGUCGACGCUUUAUACCGCUUAUCCUCCACUACUGUCUCCUUCUGAAUCACAUGUCCGUAUUUGGUGACCCUCAGCGUGAGUAAUAUGUCGCCUGUACCGGUUGGGACAACAUUGUAAAGGUCUACCGCAUAACGCUACUGCGCAUGCGUUUAACAAGUACACUUGUUGUAAAUAGACCACGUCUUCUAAAUGUCAAAGGAGUCUUUCACCUGAGUACAAUGUUUUCAGUGAGUAAUGCUAUAUUAGUGUAUUCUGUUAUUUACUCCUUUUACGCCACAAUGUGUAGUGUCAAUACGCGUUUACACUCCAACCUACAGUAUGAAACAAUGACAUGUACAACUUACAGUAUUAGCUUAUGAUGUGGAAGAUGUACUAGUGUAGUGGUAUGUGCUUACACAUUAGUUGGAUAGCUGCAAAGCCAGGUGAAAUCCACUUGCUAUGGGAUGAGGGCACGUGUCUCAUUAUAUAGCCGCUCGAUGCUAACGAGGCAACACGCCCUGACAGUGAGGUUGCUCAGCUUUUAGCAACACAGCUCAAGCCCGUGGUUUCAAUAGAUAGAAGCCAGGUCCCGACUGCAAGGACUAAGACAGGACGUGACAAAGCAUUUCCACAUGGUGGCCGUGCUGGACCUCCACGUUCUCUCAUUCCUCAGAUUCAAGAUUCAAGAUUCAAGAUUCAAGAGUUUUAUUGUCAUGUGCAUGGUAAAACAGCAGUUAUACCAUGCAAUGAAAAUCUUAUUCUGUUCAUACUCCCAAGAAAAGAAAGGAAACACAAGAAAGAAUAAGAACAUAAGAAACAUAAACACAUAAACAUAUAUACCAAUAAAUUAAGCAACAACAACAGAAGAGACAUUAAUACAAGCAAAUAAUACAAAUAAAUAAAUAAAUAAAUAAAGUGCUAUGAGUGUGUGCGUGUGUUGCGUGCGGCGUGUGCGAGUGCUUCGUUGAGAAGCCUGAUGGCCUGUGGGUAAAAGCUGUUUGCCAGCCUUGUGGUCCUGGACUUCAAACUCCUGUAGCGUCUGCCUGACGGUAGGAGUGUGAAUAAUGAGUGUUGUGGAUGUGUGCUGUCCUUGAUGAGGUUGUGUGUUCUUCGUAGGACUCUAGAUUUAUAAAUGUCUUGCAGUGAGGGGAGGGCUGCCCCAACAAUGUUCUGUGAGGUCUUGAUCACCCGCUGGAGUGCCUUCCUAUCACGUGUUGUACAGUUACCGUACCAAACAGUGAUGGAGGCGGUAAGGACACUUUCGAUAGUGCAUCUGUAGAAGCAACUCAGGAUUGUGGUGGACAUCCGUGGAGGGCACCAUCUUUGAUUUGAUCAGGAGCCUUAUGAUGGAAAAGUAACUUUUUCAUCCCGUGGUAUAUCUUGAAACCAGUAGCCGGCCCAUUCCUAGUGAACACGUGCGCCGGUGGGCGACUGCACAGCAGACACAGGGCGUAGUCUCCAGUGAAGCUGUCAUGUA